AUGGAUAGAAAUAACUUGGCUUUUGACCCUGAUGCUAUAAUGGAUCAACUGGCUGACUCGGAUUUGGGCGAGGACUUUGACGACGAUAAUGAUUGGCAUCCACCUGAUCAGCUAACUAAUUCUAGCUCGGAUAACGAAGACGAGCAAGAAGCAAGAAAUUCAACAGUAGCAAGUCCAUCAUCGUCGAAUAAAUGGAUUCGCAGACGAUUCGUCGGUAAACCCAUGCCUACACUGAUCUCGGAGCCGACGGAAGAAGUACUUACUCCAAGUGAAUACUUUGAUAGGUACUUUACUGAAGAAAUUUACGAGUUAUUUGCUUUUAACACGAAUGUUUAUUAUCAGUCGAGUUUUAACAAACAACUUAAUCCUCCGGUUACUGCGACAGAAAUUAAAAAGUUUUUUGGUAUUAAUGGAAUCCUGGGCUGCAUUAGAUAUCCUAGAAUCAAGAUGGUGUGGAUGCAACGAUUUAGACUAUCUUGUAUUGCAGAGGCAAUGGCUCGUGAAAGAUUCUUUCUUCUCAGAGUAAACUUACACAUAGUAGAUAAGGGAUCUGUAUCACCUGAAAUACAAACUCAGAACAAACUGUGGCUUAUCCAGCCACUGAUAGAUGCUGUAAGGGGCAGAUGCUUACAGAUACCUAGAGAUCAAUCUCACUUUUCAAUAGAUGAACAAAUGGUGCCAUUCCUCGGUAAGUGUCCUGUCAGACAAUUUGUGAAAGGCAAACCGAGACCAGUGGGCCUUAAAAAUUAUGUCGUGACAUCAUCGAAAGGAUUAGUGUUAGAUUUUGAGCUCCAUCAAGGCGACACCACUCCACUUUCAGACAGAUCUUUGGGCCUUGGACCCGCUAUAGUUUUACGUUUAAUAAAUACCCUGCCCAGAGGAAGUUUCGUCUAUUUUGAUAGAUAUUUUACGACCAUUCCAUUACUUGAGAAGAUGUUAACGCUUGGAAUUGAAGGCACUGGAACAAUAAUAACCAAUAGAUUUAAAGGAUACCAGUUUCCCAAAGACUCUUCAAUGAAUCGGGGUGAUUAUCACGAGGUUGUUAACAAUAAAAAAGAUAUCUGUGUCAUUAAAUGGAAAGACUCCAAAACAGUAUUAACUUGUUCAACUGCUAUUGGAGCCCUGCCAUUGCAUAAGGUCCAGCGUUACGAUAAAGUUACAAAAUCAUACAUCGAAGUAACUUGCCCUGAUAUGAUUAAAAAUUACAACGAACAUAUGGGAGGUGUAGACGUCAGCGACCAAAUGAUGGAGGUCUACAGAUCAUGGCAUAAAACUCGCAGAUGGCCAAUCAAGUUAAUAAUGCAUUUGUUUGACUUGGCCAUGGUGAACUCGUGGUACGAGUAUCGCCAAUCAUGUGAUAGAAAUAAAGUCAAGAACUCUAAUAUCAUGGAUUUUCUGGACUUUAAAAUAUGCGUAUCUGAUUUUCUACUUGGCGGCUCAACGAAAAAACGCACCCGAGAAGAAUUCGAAGAAAUGGCAAAGAUGCCUUCAACAUCCCACUAUCAACCAGCACCUAUUCCAACUAUAGAUAAACGUCUCGAUGGGUAUAACCAUUGGCCCGUAUGUGAUUCUCUAAAAGCUCCUCGCUGUUGCCGAGUGACAGGUUGUACAAGCCGUUCAAAAGUAAGAUGCACAAAAUGCAAUGUUUAUCUUUGUAGUACUAAAGAUAAGCAUUGUUUCUACGUUUUCCACAAUGAAAAAUAA